ACACACACACACACACGGACACACACGCAAGAUGGUCAUCCGAUUGCCGCCGCUCGCUGGAACGGAGGGGACCUGAGCUGCGGACGGGCGAGGAGAUGCGGCAACGACAGCAGCCCUGCUGGCUUGCAGCCCCUGGGAUGAGGUGGAGACCUGCCGCCGCCGCCGCCGCCGCCGCGCCCGGAGCGGCUCCUUGUUUCCGAAGGCUAAAUAUAUCCAGCUCUUUCAACUAUAGGACCUGUUUCCAGACCUAGCACUAUCUUGGUUGCUCCUUGGACAUGAUCCAUCUUGUCAAUGGCCUUAAAAGAUUCUGAGGCACCUUAAGACUGCCUUUUGCCCUGGGGAAGCUUUUGAGAGCCUCAGGAAGAGGGUCAUCAGCUUCUACUGUAUAACUUUACGCGAACAGGAUUUUGUCUACUAUGAAAAUAAAUAUAACUAAGAGGACCAGUGCAGAAGAAUCUUCAUGAAGGUGACCAGCCAUGCAAUGUUCUUGGAAGGCUGUCCUCCUACUUGCCUUGGCUUCCAUUGCUAUCCAGUACACAGCCAUCCGCACCUUCACAACCAAAUCCUUCCACAGCUGCCCUGUACCUAAUCCAAUGAACUGCAGCCUGAAUCAAGAGACUGAAUCAGCAGACAGACUUUGUGAUGAAAGCCCCACCCUCCCUUAUAACAUUUCCAAGAAGACGCAUGUUCUGAUCCUGGCCACUACCAGAAGUGGUUCUUCUUUUGUUGGGCAGCUCUUUAAUCAGCACUUCGAUGUCUUCUAUUUAUUUGAGCCUCUCUACCAUGUCCAGAUCACCUUGUUCCCAAAGCUAACACAGGCCAAGGUCUUCGCGGAUCGACGGAUCAUGCUGGGGGCUGGCAGAGAUUUGCUGAGGAGUCUUUAUGAGUGUGAUCUUUAUUUCUUGGAAAAUUAUAUCAAACCUCAGCCAGUGAACCACACCACGGACAGGCUUUUCCGAAGGGGAGCCAGCAAAGCUCUGUGCUCCCCUCCAGUUUGUGAGACCUUGACACCCAUUGAUAUUCCCCUGGAAGAAGGGGACUGUGUGAAAAAAUGUGGCACUUUGAACCUGACUCUGGCCACUGAGUCAUGCAAAGAUCAUGGGCAUGUUGCUAUCAAAACAGUGCGGGUGCCCGAGGUCAAUGAUCUCCGAGGUCUGGUGGAUGAUCCCAGGCUCAACCUGAAGAUUAUACAACUGGUGAGAGACCCUAGGGGGAUCCUGGCUUCAAGGACAGAGACAUUCAGAGACACUUACAGACUUUGGCGGAUCUGGGAUGGAACAGGUAGGAAACCGUAUAACCUGGAAGUGUCACAGCUCACCACUGUCUGUGAGGACUUUUUGAACUCUGUUUCCACUGGACUGAGCCGGCCUCCCUGGCUCAAGGGCAAAUAUAUGCUGGUGAGAUAUGAAGACCUGGCCAGGAACCCCUUAAAAAAAACUGAAGAGAUAUAUGAGUUCCUUGGUAUCCCAAUGGACAGCAAUGUGGAACGAUGGAUACAGAAUAACACAAGAGGGGACAGAUCUGCAGCCAAACACAAGUAUGGGACUGUCCGAAAUUCAGCAGCAACUGCAGAGAAGUGGCGGUUCCGCCUCUCCUAUGAAAUUGUGGCAUUUGUGCAGAAUGCAUGCGAGCAGGUGUUGGUACAGCUGGGUUACAAACUGGUGUCCUCUGAGAAGGAAUUAAAGAACCUCUCCAUCAGUCUGGUGGAAGAAAGGGACUUCCUGCCUUUCUGGUAAUGCAGACAUUAAGGGCUCGUGUUGUAAUUCUGAGACGAGCUGUUUGUAAUUGUUGCCUUACUUUCCUCCCUUCCCUGCUACUCUCUGAAAUUUGCACUAAUUCUUGAAUGGGAGUGUCAAAAAAGCGUUAACAAGGAGAAGGUGCCUCCCCGCAGACCAUUAUAAUGGAUUAUAAGAAUCGGGUCUCUUAAAAGCAAGAGCUAAAAUAAAUAAACUGUGGACAGGUAGUAAUGUUUACAACUUACACACACUUAACAAUGUAUAAAAGGAAAAAAAAAGUAACCUUCAGGCUUUCCCCAUUGAAGGGCACCUGAGGGAUUGUACU